AUGUUCUCCACUUUCCUCUUCACAAAUGAGCAGGGAACAUCUCUACCUCACAACACGUUGGCUGCCAUUACCCCCCAGAUGGCACACCACAACCCUGCCAUUCGUGAGAUGUGCUGCGCUUUAGGUGCUGCUGUGGGUGCCUUUACUGCACCACAUGUGCAGGGCGAAGACGCCGAGAAAGCCCAGCAGCUGUCUCUCAUGUACUACAACCGUACCAUUCGUGCUGUGCGGGCGGCGGGAACAGCCCUAGAGUCACUAUUGAGUGUUGCUCACGUAGCUGUCAUCUUUAUGGUGUACGACAUGAUGCGUGGAGAUAUGAAGGCCGCAACCUUGCACUUUGACCACGCCAGUCGUCUACUCGUUAGCUAUUUCGGGAAGCGAUGUGACCAGGAAGGUGUUUCUCUGUCAGAGUUAAAGUUCAAUGCCCUCGAAUCAGCAAUGUUCGACAUGUUCCAGCGGUUGAGCACCUACUCAUGGCCCCUGGAACUUGGUAUAACUGGAGACGAGCGCCCAGACUUCAAGGGUGGCAAGCGGUGCUGGGGAAGACAUAGGUAUGAGAUUGGCAAUAUGCCAACUUCUUUCCGUGAUUUGGACCAAGGUUUAAGGUGGUGGGAUGUUGCUCAGCACCACAUAUCGCACCAUCUUUUCGACGACUAUGAGGUUGUUGAUCCCGCGAACAAAGCUGUAUGGGAAAAGGCCUUUACCGUCCUCCACAACUGGCACAGUGCUUUUGUCCUGCUCUACCGUUAUACUGAAGACCAUCAGUACGAAGCCCCACAUCGUUAUGUUACGGCAUGUAUCUUUGAGGCACUCUACACUGAGUGUCUCUCGGGCCUGCACUUGCAGCUCAAUGCAGAUGCUAAGGUCUUGCCCGAUGCGAGACCCAUCUGGCGCGAGAUCAUCCGAACAACACGCCGUAUGCAGCAAGAGUUGAAAUCGUCAAUCGACUGGAACGUGAUGGACAAUAUGGUCUUGAAACCACUUGUCAUCGUAUUGUUCAAGUGCCGUGAUGAGCAGGUGAGAAAGGAUGUCAAGGUUGUGCUGGAAGAGGCAGUUGCAUGGUACGGAAAUACGUGCUUGGCUGCAGUUAUGCUUGGCAUGAUGAACAUGAAGGGUCAUCAGAUACCCAAGCAGAUGAAAAACAUCGAGAGAGCUGUUGGAUGGCAUCUCACCUCCAUUGGCUGUGGCCCUGGAGUUAUCAGCAUUGGCUAA